AUGACAGAUGUGAAGGAGACGAAUGAGAGGCACGAGAAAGAGGGAACGACAGAUAGCCCUGGAUAUAACCAAAUGAUGGGGAUCUUCUAUGAAAAGCACGUUUGCAAGACCUGCUGGCCAAAGGCGAUGGAGGCGGCCUUUGCAGUCAUGAUGAUUGGACCAUUAGAGUUCGCCGUUGCGAGCACGCCGAGGUCACGGUCGUAUCUGGAUCAGAUUCGCACAAUUGCAACUCCUACUCUCCUCUCCUCACCAAUGGUGUCAUGGAUGAAGCGCAGUCAUUUCUUCCGGAGAAUCUCGCAUAUGGGGUAG